AUGUCUGCAAGAUGUCCUCACAAAUGUCAUUGCUUUUAUCAACCAAGUCAGAACAAAACUGUUGUCAAUUGCCGUACGAUAUUAUCGUCGAAAAAAUUUCCUUUAGUUUUACCAGAGCACGAGAACUUUGCAUUAGACUUUUCUAAGAAUUUAAUUUCUGAUCUAGAUUACCAGUUGGAAAGAGCAAAGAAUUACACCUUCCAUAUAAAAGAAAUAAAUCUUGCAGGAAAUAAUUUCGAUAUUAUUUCGGAAUUUGCUGUGUCUCAGCUGAAAAGAACAACGAUGAUAAACAUGAUACAUAAUCCGAUCACAAGUAUUGAUAGGUCUCUAAGAAACUUACGGCCCUGUAAUGUUCAGUUAGGAAGACUAGAUAUUGUUUGUACAUGUACAGAUCUAUGGUUCCAGAGUUGGUUACCGUCGUCAACAAUGCCGUGCUAUAAUAACACACGGAUAUUCUGUAAGACCGAAACCGGUUACAAAUCUAUAACUCAGGUUUCAAAAAGCGACCUAGGUUGUAUAGAGGAUUAUCAUCUGAAAUGGUUCAACUUAAUUAUUGGAAUCUUACUUAGCCUUGUAGUGAUUUUCGCAUUUACGGGCUAUCAUUUUUAUCUUGAAAUUUAUAUUCUAUGGCGACGCUUUUUUGGAAAAAUUAGCAGGCAAGUUUCUGGAAACUCAUUUCAAUAUGAUAUUUACAUAUCUUGCAAUGAUGAAGACGACGGACUUCGUGAUUGGAUAUCGAAUGAGCUUUUACCGCAUCUGAACGAUAGGGGACUUAAAUCGUUCCUACCGUAUCGAGAUUGUCAACUUGGUAGACCACGCGAAGAAGAAAUAAUUGACACCAUAUCGAAAUCUAAAACUGUUCUGGUUCUUCUAAGCGACUUAAAUCAAUUAACACGUAAAAGCACAAAAACUUGGAUUUCUUGUGAGUGGAAAUAUGCCUGGUUGAAUUAUCGAGAAGAUUACUCGAAAAAUGUUAUUAUCAUAAAUUAUGAUUUUCUUAAUAAUCGUGAUGUUUCUAAUAGGUAUAUACAAGCUUUUAUGAGAGCUAGUAUUUGCAUUGAUUUUUCUAAUUAUAGAAAGAAUAUGUGGUCGACAUUAUAUUCUUCGCUAGGACUUUCUUCUCCGAGUUUGGAAUUAAGAUAUCAUCGGUUUCAAAACAGUCUUGAUACAGCUUCGAUUCAUUUACAAAUGUAAUGUAGGUAUCA